UCAGACCCGUCUGAGGGAGGUUCCAUUUUGGAGAUGCUCUUCCCAGAAGCACUGGAAGAGGAAGCAGGAGCAGCAGGGAGCAGGAAAGACCGGUGGUGCCCCCUGAUUUGUGUGCUGGGAGCGAGGAUGGCAGUGGGAGAGAGGAGCUGCAGCUUCUCCCAAGGGCUUUCCUGCCUUUCUCAGCAGCCAGGGCUGAUUUCAUAGUAAUGCUUUUUUUUAUGCAUUGGUGCUCGGGCUGGUUUGAAUACUUUCUGGUUUGAAUACUUGGUGCUUUGAAUACUUGGUGCUUUGAAUACUUUCUGCAUGACUAAUUAAUGUCCCGAAAUGAAUUAAGUUGUGCUGUUAAACCUCACCCUGCGUGUGCAAACUGCCCCUCUUCGGCGUUUUUAUCUCGGAAUUCUCAGGGAGGGGGCAUCGCCUGUUAUCUGAAAGCCACUUAGCCGAGCUGAGAUGUGAUGUCACGCUCUGGAAAUACGCGGGGGUUUUCGAGCUCAGCCUGCCGGGACACAGACGUGACUUCGCUGCGAUAAACCUCAUUAACGUCCUUAAAACCUGCGAGCAGCAGAGAUAACAAACGGCGCUGGGAGCUGGCCCGGGAUGAAUCCCCGCGGGCCGGCAGCCGCGCUUUGGCUCGGCUGAAGCUUUCGGGAGCGCUGAGCCGGGCUCAGCCGCUGGUUCAGCCCAGGGGAGACGCUCCCGGCUGGAGCAGGGAGCUGGAGCUCCCCGUCACCCUCGGCAGCACCCCGCCGAACCGGGGAAAAAACGGGAAUAGGGUAAUCCCACAGGCUGGAAUGUUUGUGCUUCCCUCUGGGAUGGUGCUCGCUCCUGGCUCGCAGGAUUCCUCUCCUUCCCGGCUGCUCACUCCCUGUGCGUUUGAACUCAUCCUUUGCUAUCCAUAGAUUUUUUUUUUUCUUCCCUCCUGGAACGAAGCCGAGCAGGAUAACCCGCUGAUUGUUUGAUCUGUCCACACCAGCCCGGAAUAAAAUCUCGUUUUUAAUGAAGCGCCAAGGAAAGCCGGAGCUCAGCACAAUUCCCUGCCCGCCGGAGAUCCUAAUCUCGCCUUGCCAGCAGAGCAGAGCGGGCACUGCCGCUCCAUGAGCCGGCCCCGGCACGGAGGCGAGCCCAGCCUGCUCCAGCAUCCCUGGAUCCGGCAUUCCCGGCUCCAGCAUCCCUGGAUCCGGCAUUCCCGGCUCCCGCACUCCCGGCUCCAGCGUUCCCGGCUCCCGCAUUCCCGGAUCCCGCAUUCCCGGCUCCCGGGCUGCCCCGGCCGCCGAGGGAGCGAUGGAAAAUCCCUGAGCCAGCGCCUGGAAAAUCCGUGCGGCAAAGGUGGGGAUUCUCGGCUGCCGCAUGAGCAGGUCCUGGCCGGGCCAUGGCCUGGCCACCGGGGCUGCUCCUGCUCCAGUUCCUGCUCCAGUUCCUGCUCCAGUUCCUGCUCCUGCUGCUCCUGCUGCCCGGCCGCGCUCCGGCCGCGCGCAGCCGCGACUUCACCGCCAAGGACAUCGUCUACCUCCACCCCUCCACCACGCCGUACCCUCAUGGAUUUAAGUGUUUCACCUGUGAAAAGGCCUCAGAUAAUUACGAGUGCAACCGCUGGGCUCCAGAUGUUUACUGCCCCCGAGGGACCAGGUACUGCUUCAGCCAGCACAUGAUGAGGGCCAGCGGGGAGAGCGUGUCUGUCACCAAGCGCUGCGUGGCCCUGGAGGAGUGCCUGAGCACGGGCUGCACCUACAUCAGGCACGAGGAGUACAAGGUGUGCACGUCCUGCUGCGAGGGCAGUAUCUGUAACCUGCCGCUGCCGCGGAACGCCUCGGACGCCGUGUUCGCCACGCUGUCCCCGCUCGGCGCCGCCGCGCCGCUGUCCCCGGCCCGCCUGGCGACACCCGCCGGGAUCGGCCUGGCACUGCUGGCACAGCGCUGGCUCGCGGCCACUGCCGCCGGACCCUGAGCGCGACAGGGACCGAGACAGGGACAGCGACAGCGAGAGUGACAGGGACCGCGACAGGGAGAGUGACAGGGACCGCGACAGGGACAGCGACAGGAACCGAGACAACGAGAGUGACCGCGACAGAGACAAGUACAGCGGCCGGACAGUGACCGCGACAGGGACCGAGACAGCGAGAGUGACCGCGACAGGGACAGCGAGAUUGACAGAGACAGGGACAGAAACCGGACAGUGACCGCGACAGAGACAGAGACCUCGACCGGACAGCGACAGCGAGAGUGACAGGGACAGAGACCGCACAGUGACAGCGACAGGGACCGGACAGUGACCGCGACAGCCACAGAGACAGCGACAGAGAUGCGACAGGGACAGCAAGAGUGACAGAGAGAGGGACAGAGACCGCGAUAGGGACAGUGAUAGAGACAGCGAGAGCGACGGGACAGGGACAGCGACAAUGGGAGCAACGGGGCAGCGACAGAGACCGCGACAGGACAGGGACGGUAACAGUGACAGAGACCGGGACAGGGACGGUAACAAUGACAGCGACAGGACGGUGACGGUGACAACGACAGGACAGGGACGGGACAGUGAUGGUGACAACGAGUGUCCGCGUCCAGGACAGGGACCGCCACAGGACAGGGACAGUGAAAGGGACAGCGACAGGGACGGUGACAGUGCCAAGGACGGGAUAGGGACAGGACGGUGACAAGACAGGGAUGGGGAUGGUGACAGCACAGGGACAGCGCCACGCUGGCCCAGCCGAGCCGGACUCCUGCGCUCCCGCCUGGCUCUGGCUGAUCCCUCGGGAGCGGAAUUCCCGCCCGGCCCCGAUUGCUGCCGGAGCUCUGGGGAGCAUCCCGGGAAAAGCCGCCAAGCCCAGCCUAACCCGGGUAAAGCCUGGCUUAGCUCGGCAAGAACUGGCCCUGGAAGUGUUCGGUCCGGAUCCCCCCGGGAACAGCCGCUGGCACUCCCAGCUCAUUAACCCCGCCGGCUCAUUAACGCGCGCUAAUUAACACAGGAGCGGGGCUGCGGCUCCUGCUCCGCCGGGAUGGGCAGCGAGGAGGCGAAGGAGGAGAUCCCAUCACCCGGGACACGCGGAAAACAGCUGGAAUUCCCAAAUUCCACAGGAGGAAUCCCUAAAAAUCUGCAUUUCCUUCAGAAAACAGCUGGAAUUCCUAAAUUCCACCAGAGAAAUCCCUAAAAAUCUGCAUUUCCAGCAGGAUACAGCUGGAAUUCCCAAAUUCCACUGGAGAAAUCCCUAAAAAUCCGCAUUUCCAGCAGGAUACAGCUGGAAUUCCCAAAUUCCACUGGAGAAAUCCCUAAAAAUCUGCAUUUCCAGCAGAACACUUCUGGGAUUUCAAAUCCCCACCAGAGAAAUCCCUAAAAAUCCUCAUUUCAGGAGAAAACUGCUGGAAUUCCUGAACUCCAGCAGAAAAAUCCCUUUAAAAAAAUCCUCAUUUCCAGCAGGAAACAGCUGGAAUUCCCAAAUUCCACCAGAGAAAUCCCUAGAAUUCCUCAUUUCCAGUGGAAAACAUUUGGAACCCCCAAACUCCACCAGAGAAAUCCCUAAAAAUCCUCAUCUCCAGCAGAAAACCACUGGAAUUCCACCAGAGAAAUCCCUAAAAAUCCUCAUUUCCAGCGGAAAACAGCUGGAAUUCCCAAACUCCACCAGAGAAAUCCCCCAAAAAAUCCUCAUUUCCAUUCCCACCCCUCAGCAGGAGGAUGAAGAGCUGCUGCUCCCCUGAUUCCUGCUGGUUCAGGGGGAAUAUUCCCAAUAUUUUCCCAUUUUAGCCCCAAAGCCCAGAACCUGACAGAGAGGAAAUGGAUCCCAAACAUCUCCUGGGAUUUUUAUUCCACGGAUUCUGAGCUGGCUUUGCUGGGAAAUCAGGAAUGCAAUAUUUAUUUUUGUAGGUCAAGGAAGGUUUGGAAAUGCUGGGAAAAAAUUCCCAAAAUCCACUGAUCUUGCCAGGAAAAAAGGGAUGGUUUGCAAGUCAGUGAGCCUGUAAUAUAUAAAUGAUCCAAAAUAUAUGGAAAUAUAAAUAUAUAUAUUAAAUAAUGGUUUACAUCACUUUUAAAAAAGAAUCAACUUCGUCUUGCAAAGUCAGUAAUAAAAGCAGGGUGCCAUGGACUUGCUUUAAACUGGUUUUUAAUUAAUUUUUUUAAAAGAAUCAUUAAUUACUCUUUCAGGAGUUAAUUUUUUCCUAUUCCUGCUCCAAGGUAACCUGAGCUCUAUCAAAUUCUGGUGUUUUUAAGGCUCAAAAUGCUUUUUUUUUGGGGGAAUUACAGGGAAAUGCAGAGUCCUGGAGAGCUCCCCAGCUCACAGAAUCCGCGUGGAAUAUUCUGGAAAAUCAGGAAUCUGCUCCUGAAUUUCGUGGCCUUGGGAUGAAUUUUCCAGGGAGAUUUUUUGGAGGUUCAGGAGCAGCACUUGCUCCCAAUUUAAUUCCAGGGGAUUUCUCCAGGGAAGGAAAAGCUCAGUGUGUUUUACAGGGGAUGAUAUUUUUAAAAAAUUAUAUAUAUAAAUUAUAGAUAUACAUCUUUAUAAAAGUUGACCUUCACUGCUGUUUGUCUGGAAUGAUUUUUAAUAUAAAAUCAACAUUUUUUUUGGUCUCAGCAUCAGCCAAACCUGGAAUUUCGCUGUCCUUUCACCCCUCUCUGGUUUUAUUUUCUUUUUCUGUGCAAAUUCCACCCGGCUCUGGAGAUUCCCAAAACCAAUCCAAGGCUGUCCCUCCUCUGGCAUCUCCCUGGAUGCUUUAAAAAAAGGAAAUUCAAGUUUCUGACCCCUCCUGCAGCAGUUUUGGGGUUCCCUGGGCUCCUGGGGGGUUCCAGACCCAGCCGUGCUGAGCUGCUCCACGUUCACCCUCUUGAUUUCUUAGGGGUCUCGCUUUGAAAUGUUGGAUUGUUUUUAACAGCUGUAAAUUCUUGUACAUUUGUAUAAAUAAAAGGGAUACAUUUAAA